ACUAUCGUAUGACAAAUGGUGUUGAUUUGUUUACCCUUAACGGUUCGUCAACAGAAUCGAUAGAACAAGUAUCAGACUUUGAAAAUAAGUACUGGGAGUCGAUUUUCCUAGCUAAAUUCUUUAAGUUAAUGCCCUAGAGCAAUAACAUGUGGGCAGUCCAAUAACUAAAACAAAAAUAGAAAGAUAAAUAAAUCAAAAAUAUAAAGUUUUUUGUUCGGAGUUUCCAAAUUGCCUUCGAACCUCUUUAGCGAAGAUUUAUUAAUGACUAAAGAAUAAAUUUCUGCUAUUUUUCACGAAACGUUUAUAAAGUAGAUUAUAGACAUAUGUCGUUUAAAUUAUGAACGAAUUCUCGAAUCAUUAAUGAAGCGAUUUAGUUUUUGGUAGAAAUUAUUAGUUUUUUAUUAGGCACCUUCCGUAACAUCUGUGAAGAAUCAUUUUGAACGAAUUUUAAUUUUAUAUCCGGUUCGGAAAAAGGAAAAAGAAAACAUUAGCGACUUCACAUCUUGUAGAUUAAUUAACUUCACUUUUGGAUCAGAAGGAGUUUGAUGAAUUAUCGUUAACCAACGUCGAAAUUUCAAUUCAGUAAUAAUAUUAUAUCUGAAUUGUUUUUAUCUUAAAGUACCUGCAAGUAAUCCAUCCAACAGCUGAAAAUGGAGAAUGAAAGCUUCAGCACAAUUCUCUCCCACAUUUAUCAAGAUCUGGUUGAAAACUUUGACCUUACUAACCGCUUGGAGAAGCUAAAAACAUUUGCAGCCAACCAUCCUUUCAUCACAAUGUUUGGAAUUUUUACUAUUGUAUUAUGCAGUGUGCCUGUUGCCUGUUUCUUUGCCUUUACACUUUUCAGUAUUUUCCUUACAUUUGGUGGGUUUAUGUUUCUUGAAGGCUCUGAAUACAGCAUUUCUUCUCUGGAACGAUAUUUAAUGGAACAGUUCCAAUUGCUGACCAGAUGUCCUCAAGCCAUGUCAAGUGACAAUCCUGAACAAAACAUCAGCACAGGAUUCAAUGAAUCACAAGCAGGUACUGUCCUAACAUUCGCAACUAUCAUCUUAGGAGGAGUACUCAUUCUUAUGGGUGUAUUGUCAAUUGUCUUCAGUCUCUCAGUGGCAGUUGGUUUAUUCGUCUUUCAUAAAAGUAUUGAUGUCUUCAAUCGUUUUCAUCAGCAGUUCCAGCAUGCUCACAACUACCAACAACAGCAACAACAUACUGCUUCAUCAGCUCCACCACCAUCUCCGCCAUCAGACCCACCAUCUCCUCCAUCAGCUCCACCAUCUCAGCCAGACAAUUCCACUUCAGAUAACAAUCCUGUUAUCACAAGCUCACCAACAAAUACAAUCUAUCCAUCGCUGGCUUCACAGCUUGCACCAUCAGGUACAUCAUCAGUCCCUGUUGAAAAUCUGACAUCCACUUCUCCGACCCGAAAUACUGUAUUAACUUCAACUCCAGUUGGGCUGUCAGCAAAUAACCAGGCAAAUAAUGUGGAGAACAUUAUAGAAUCAAAUCAGUCACAAUCAGUGUCAAAUACUGAACUGGACCAUGAAAUGUUAGCCAGGCGUGAUACACCCACUGAAAGCCAAAUCCCAAGUACAAACGAAAAUGUUGAACUUUUAGGAGGACUUGCUGAUGCUGUAUCAUCAAUGACACCCAGAAGUUUUGUAGACAACUCUAAUCUUCGCCAUCGGUCUUCAGCUGUGCCAGUCAGUACUAGUAAUCAACAGCCCACAGCAUCCAUGCCAGAAGUGUCACAUGAUGUAAUGACAUCAUCUCUAGAUUCCUCAGCAAACUUGAUUUCCGACAGCAACACUAUGGCUGUAAAUGCACACGACAUUUCAGAUGGCCUGAACUGGGAUACAUCAUCCUCUUCGUCCUCUUCUCUUAAUCCUGGUGACCAGUGGGAGGUUCUGCCCAGUCAUGCAGAAAGAACACAAGAUUCAAGUGCUUUUAACAAUCCUGAAAACAUCCAUUAGAAUUUGAUUUGCUUCAUUGUAUCCAUAUAGCUGGAUCCAUUGUAGAUAUGAAAAAUUUACACUUAAGGGGUUUUUUUUGUCUUUUUUCAGAUGAAGAAAAUAUUUUCUUUUGACUGUCUCUAAUUCUGUGCAUGAGAGCGGUGGGAGGGAGCUUUUAGUAAAUAUAAUGGCUGUGUACAUUACUAUCUCCAUGUAUUGAAAUCUGAAUAGGCCAAUAAUUUGGUGCAAAUACAACCAUAUUCUUUUAUGCAUUUAACUUUGAAAAGGGGAUAAAAAUUUUAUUUAAUGUAUGUAUUUAUUUGGAAAAUGUAUUUUGUUGAUGCAUGUGAGGGUGUAAGCACAAGACCUCAUGACUUUCCUCUAAGAUACACAAGUCUAAGGAUUACUUUGGAGAUGUUUCAAGUUCCAAAACAAUAUAUUACAAUUAUUAAUUUUAAUUAUAUUUUCUCAAGAGUAAAACUGCUUUUUUUUAUCAUUUGAGUAUUUAAUUUGAAAUUAAUUUUACCAGAAAUUGUUACUAAUUGCCUUGAUGUAAACAGGUUAUUUCAACACAUUUCUUUUUCUACAUCUGACUUUCCAAGUUUAUUUAUUUAAAUUCUAUAAUUAUAUUUCAUUUCCUAUGUACCUUACAGACAUACUUAUAUAUACUUCCCUAUCUACACAUGCAUAAAUGUAUACAUAGAUACAUUAAAUGGUUUGUAGAUACUAGAUUGAAUACAAGAUUACAUACCUAAGAAAUUCCACAUUUCAUCAAAUUUCCUUUUUCUGUUUCACUGCAUGGAUUUCUGAAUUUAUAAAUCUUUGUGACAUUUGUUUCAUUAUAUCAAAGAUUUUGAUUAUGUUAGAUGUCAUUCUAUAGUUAAGAUUGUUUAAAACAUAACACAACCAUAAGCACGUUGUAACAAGCAAAAUAUUAUAUUUGUAUUUUAUGGAUUCAAAUUCGCUGAAUUGAAAUUCACUAUACUAUAUUGUUGCAAGUUUGUUGCUGUGCUCUGUGCUCUAGGUUGUUAUUUUUAUUUUUAAAAAAUUUUUUUUUUUUUUUUGUUAGGGCAACAAUUUAAGUACCUAACAGUUCUCAUUCUAGUCAAAACUACUUAGUAAAUAUUUUUUAAACAUGUCACAGAUUGAGAUAACAAAGCUCCAAAUUAUCUUACGGAUACAAUCUAGUUUUGAUUUGCAGGUGGAACUGCUUUGGGAAAGUAUGUGCUUUCCAUUACGUCUUACAUUCCAUGUUCAAGUGAAAUCCGAGUUCACUGAGAAAUUCAAUGUAGACUUCCUUUUCACUCUCUUACACAUGCAAAUAUAAAACCAGUCUCUGUCUAUCUAGUUAAAUGCCCUUCUUAACACCAACUACUUUACAGAGUGUACUAUGUGCAUUUUACGCUGGUGCUUGUAUCACAUAAAAUGCAUUAAGAAGGGUAUCCAGCUGUAGAAUGCAUGCCAAAGCAGACAGUAAAACCUUGGACAAUUUUCUGGUUUACCAGCUCCAGUCAAACCAUCCAAUCCAUGCCAGUAUGGAAAACAUAUGUUAAAUGCUGUAGAUGAUGACAAUGAUGAUGAUGGAUGGAUUGCUUGAUAGUCCCUCUAUCUUAAGAAUCCUGUUUCUUUUUCUUCAGUUGAAGUGCAAAAAUUUAGAAAAUUACAAUCCAAUUGUUGUUUGUAGCUAGUUUGAGACAUCCAGACAUGAAAACUUCUUCAUAAGUAAAAUAUUUAGUCAUAACUAAAAUGAAGAAUAACAACACAAAACGAUUUUAGUAGAUAUUUGAACUGGAAGAUAUUUUUAUUUCAUUGCUUUUUUAUCCUGGAUUUUAAUAUUUAUCAAGUUAUUUGUGCAAUAGGUUGAGGGUUUUUACUCUCUCAUUAUAUUUUUGACAUUAUUUUGUUAACAGACAUUAAUUGCCAGGAAUAUGACAUGAGUUAAUCCAAAGACUACUAUGUAUUAAUAAUAGCUUUACUGAAAAUAUUUGCUGAUUUAUUCAUAAUUCUCACACAGAUGCACACGUCUGUGAAGGCAUGUGGCCUGGUGGUUAGGAUGCUGCACUCAAAAUCAUGAGAUUGUGGUUUCAAUUCCCAGACCAGCUGCGUUCUUGAGCAAAACACUUCAUUUUACAUUGUUCCAGUUCAUUCAGCUGUAAAUGGGUAACUCAGUGACAGACUGGCAUUCCAUUCAGGUGAAAAUGUUGACCUGCUUACCUAACCAGUGGGGUGGUAUCAUUUGAAAGCUAAAACAUUAUGAAGUACAUUAUGACCAGCAAUGUAUAACAACAUCUGAUGGUCUGAAUGUUACCAUUAUAUAUAAAUACAUUCACACAUACUAUAAAUGAAACAAGUUUUGCAGAAUAUCAUUGCUCGUUGUAACUUACACCUUGUGUAUACUGUUGGUGAGGUGCUUGCAUAUCUAGUCCAUUAGUUCUUUAAGUUUCUUUCUCAAGGAUUCUGCGCCAUAAGAUUGAAUAUAACUAAUGAGAUUUGCAGAAAUUUAUGGCCAAGUUUUGUUUUGCUUUCUAUAUUUAUUGUCUUAUUUAUAAACCAUUUUACCAGAUGUUUUAUUAAAUUUUAAAAUCCUUUUAAUUUUUUUUUUUCCCUAGUCAUUAAAUUUUAUUAAAGCUUUUAAUAAAAAUACUCUGGAAUUUUAAGAAA